ACUUCCUCUUCGCCUCCGUCUCCCAGAGGGAGAGUGUUCCGAGAGAACCGAGGAGGUGGCGGCGGGUGCUAGAGACUGAGACGUUUGCUUUUGUGGGGAGGCCAAGAUGACAGGUUCUAACGAGUUCAAGUUGAACCAGCCGCCCGAGGAUGGCAUCUCCUCUGUGAAGUUCAGCCCCAACACCUCCCAGUUCCUGCUGGUCUCCUCCUGGGACACGUCGGUGCGCCUUUACGAUGUGCCAGCCAACUCCAUGCGGCUCAAGUACCAGCACACUGGCGCGGUCCUGGACUGCGCGUUCUAUGAUCCAACACAUGCAUGGAGUGGGGGAUUAGAUCAUCAAUUGAAAAUGCAUGAUUUGAACACUGAUCAAGAAAAUCUUGUUGGAACCCAUGAUGCCCCUAUUAGAUGUGUUGAAUACUGUCCAGAAGUCAAUGUGAUGGUUACUGGAAGUUGGGAUCAGACAGUUAAAUUAUGGGAUCCCAGAACUCCGUGUAAUGCUGGGACCUUCUCUCAGCCUGAAAAGGUGUACACACUCUCAGUGUCUGGAGACCGGUUGAUUGUGGGCACAGCAGGCCGUAGAGUGUUAGUGUGGGACUUACGGAACAUGGGCUAUGUGCAGCAGCGCAGGGAAUCCAGCCUGAAAUACCAGACUCGCUGCAUACGAGCGUUUCCCAACAAGCAGGGUUAUGUAUUAAGCUCUAUUGAAGGCCGAGUGGCAGUUGAAUACUUGGACCCCAGCCCUGAGGUGCAGAAGAAGAAGUAUGCCUUCAAAUGUCACAGACUAAAAGAAAAUAAUAUUGAGCAGAUUUACCCAGUCAAUGCCAUUUCCUUUCAUAACAUCCACAAUACAUUUGCCACAGGUGGUUCUGACGGAUUUGUAAACAUUUGGGAUCCAUUUAACAAAAAGCGACUGUGCCAGUUUCAUCGGUACCCCACCAGCAUCGCAUCACUUGCCUUCAGCAAUGAUGGGACUACGCUUGCAAUAGCAUCAUCAUAUAUGUAUGAAAUGGAUGACACGGAGCAUCCGGAAGAUGGUAUCUUCAUUCGCCAAGUGACAGAUGCAGAAACAAAACCCAAGUCACCAUGUACUUGACAAGAUUUCAUUUACUUAAGUGCCAUGUUGAUGAUAUUAAAACAAUUCGUACUCCCCAAUGGUGGAUUUAUUACUAUUAACAAAGAAACCAGGGAAAAUUCUAAUCUUAAUAUUAUAAGAACUUGAAAAUAUUGGAAAAGAGGUUUUCAUUGAUUUUUUUUUUAAAAAAUAAACACUUAAGUGCAUGACAUGGUUUGAUGAUUUGCUGCAUUAAAGGUAUUUGGGCAAACAAAAUUAGAAGGCAGUGACUACUUUUGAGAGUCAGUUUUGACCUUGCUGAUUUUUGUUUCCGCUGUGGAAAUAAAUGUUUGUAAAUAAAUAGAGGUAAUAAAAAUCCCUUUGCAUUCUUUCUGGACCUUAAAUGGUAGAGGAAAAGGCUCUUGAGCCAUUUAUUUCUUUUGCUGGUUAUAGUUGCCAAUUCUAAAGCUGCUUCAGACUGCCUCAUGAGGAGGUUAAUCUACAAUUAAACAAUAUUUCCUCUUGGCCGUCCAUUAUUUUCUGAAGCAGAUGGUUCAUCAUUUCCUGGGCUGUUAAACAAAGCGAGGUUAAGGUUAGACUCUUGGGAAUCAGCUAGUUUCAAUCUUAUUAGGGUGCAGAAGGAAAACUAAUAAGAAAACCUUCUAACAUCAUUUUGUGACUGUAAACAAUUAUUUAUUAGCAAACAAUUGAUCCCAGAAGGGCAAAUUGUUUGAGUCAGUAAUUAGCUGAGAAAAGACAGAGCAUAUCUGUGUAUUUGGAAAAAUAAUUGUAACGUAAUUGCAGUACAUUUAGACAGGCAUCUAUUUGGACCUGUUUCUAUCUCUAAAUGAAUUUUUGGAAACAUUAAUGAGGUUUACAUAUUUCUCUGACAUUUAUAUAGUUCUCAUGUCCAUUUCAGUUGUCCAGCCGCUGGUGAUUAAGGUUAAAAAGAAAAAAAUUAUAGUGAGAAUGAGAUUCAUUUCAGUAUAAUGCCUUAAAGCAGAAUGUGAACUUAGCUUGGCCUAGUCAAAAUAAUUCCACAUAGUAUUUUUGUUGUCAUGUUUUAUUUUUAAUUUAUAUUGUUUGCAAGUAUAUGUCUCUGAAUAGGACUUAGAUAUUUACUGAAAUUUAUUUUAUCCAUGGUAUAUUUUUUAAAAACUCUUUUGAUACAGAGGAGAAUUUUGUGUUUAUUUUUUAAAGUAUUUCAGUGAAAAAUCAGUGUAAGUCUGAACACAUCUUUUGAAAUGUAUUUUCUUCAUUGCAGGUCCACCUAAUCGUCUCGUGAAAGUGGUUUCUCUAUGGAAAGCUUUGUUUGCUUCCUACAAGUACAUGCUUGUCCCCUAAGGGAUGUAUUCUAGUUAUUAUGGGCCUGUUGUUUAGUAUGUGAAUUUUUCUGUUUUCUGUCUUAUAAGAAAUUUGUCUUUGUAUUUUUAAUACCUUGCUUAGGGUGAGAAGUCUUUAUGUCCGUGUGCAGUAGUCUGAAGGAUUUCCCCACCUCCUCCCAAGCAAGCCCAGUUGCUGUUUCUGAGCAGUUGGGCUCUUUUUGUAGCAUAAUCUAGACGUUUUUUUCCCUGCUGCCUAAUAAAUCAGAAAUUCAGAAACCUUAAAUAUUGGAUGUUUUUAAGUAUUGGUAAUUAAUGUAAUUUAUUCAUAAAAUGGCUUCUGUAAAACAAAACUUUUCAUCAUGGGUGUGUGGAGGAUGACAUUUUACUUAUAAAGUCUACUCUGUCUCAUUUAAUUAAGUCUGCUCUGAUAUAUGUUGGGGAUUCAGUCUGGAUAAAGUGAGAUGCUGGCGUUCAGCCAUUUCCCAUGUGCCCCCUUGGUGGAUCAGCAGAGCUCUACAGCCAAACUGUACAGCCUCCGUCAGGACAGGCCCAGAGUGUGGCGGCCUUGGGGUACCUUUUACCUUUUGGCAUGAUGCUCUCCUAGUGGUGCCAGUGCCAUGGAGCACACAUAAGCUCAUGCAUCUCUGUGCUGAUGAAAUCAUUGUCCACAUGCAGAGAGCCAAAUGACAGGCUGUUCUGGACUUAUCCAUCAAGUGCUAAAUCAGAAUGAAGCCCUUGGGAUGGUAAAUAAUGAAAUGACCAGGGACUAACUGAUGGUAUUGGUUCUUUAGUGUGAUUCUAUGCUUUUAAAUGUCACAACCACCUUGUUGAGGACACAGUUUAAAUUUAAAAGCAUUGUAUAACUGAACUAAUUAAUACAGUAUUGUUAAAAGUGACCAAAUUAAAGCCAUGUUGUGGACCUUUUUUUAGUGUGGGAGAGCUUUUUGGGGGUUCCAUCUGGGUGGCCUCUGGACUUCUUUUUUUUUGGUACCGGGAAUCAAACUCAGGACCUUGUGCGUGCCAGGCAGGCGCUUACGCCGCUGAGCUAUAUCCCUGGCCCUGGUUGUCUUGAAAGCAGAUGCACCUCCCUGUCUCCCCUGUGUACUUAUUUAUGAUCAUAUAGCUACCUUGGCAUUUUCAUUUAUUCAUAUUCUUUGUCUUUUCUCUUUUGCUUUUUGUUUUUCUUUCUACUACUAUUUCUUUCCUAGCUACCUUUCUCCCUAGUUCCCCAGAUGUGGUUACCUUGGCAUUUUCAUUGGUUUUCUUUAUUCAUACUCUUUUAAGUCUCACUUCUGUUUAAUUUUCUUUCCUUCCUACUGCUACAGUUCUCACAGCCUUCGCAGUGAAUGCUGCAGCCUCCAGCCCAAGCCCUCUGUCUUAUAGAGGAGUGAUUUUCCAACAUGUUAUCUUUGACCCAUGUAGGAAAUAAAUUUUGAACUACAGUCCAGAACACAAGUCAAUAUACUAUGUAUGACAAAUAUAAAUAAAUGUUUCAUAAAACAUU